AUGAAGCUAUUAAUUCUUCUAGUCAUUGUAUCAAGUUUUGUGGUAUCGGUAUCAAGUGAAUUGUUAUCAAUCACUGGAUUAUUGGGUGGAUUGCUUGGUGGUUCUUCUUCAUCUUCAUCAUCUUCAUCGUCCUCUUCAUCUUCAUCUUCUUCUUCAUCCUCUUCAUCAACAUCAACUGGAGGUGGGUCUGGACUUAUUAUUGAUAUCGAUAUUGGACCAAUUAGUUUAGAGUUAUUCUUGGCAAUUGGUAAUCAAACAAAUAGAAAUCUAUUCACCGCUUGGACACAUGAAUACAACAAAACUUAUACAGCUGGAGAGUUUCAAAAGAGAUAUAAGCUAUAUGUUAGUAAUCUCUUGUUUGUCAACAACUAUGCAACUCAAAACCCCGAUAGUCAAAUGGAACUUGGAACCAAUGAAUUUGCUGAUCUAUCACUUCAAGAAUUUGUUGAUACAAGAUUGACUAAAUUCAACAUGUCUCAAGCUCCCAUUGAUAAUCAAACAUCAUCAUCAUCAUCACCACCAAACUCUCAAAGUGCAUCGACAUCGAGACAGAUUCUAUCAACCAUGCUCAAUGAAAAAGGAGUACUAGAUUGGAGAGAUUUGGAUGAAGUUAGUCGAGUCAAAAAUCAAGGUAGUUGUGGUUCAUCAUAUGCUUUCGCUGUAACCUCUGCAAUUGAAUCUAUGUACCUGAGAUCAUUAGAUAAACCACGUCUCGAUCUUUCUGAACAAGAUUUGGUUGAUUGUCGAGAUAUGGGCAAUAACGGGUGUGGUGGUGGUUGGAUGCAUACCUCUUAUCAACAAAUCAUAAAUAAUCAAGGAAUAUCAUUUACAACUGAUAACCCAUACGUAGGCAAUAGGGCCUUCAAAUUGUGCAACAAACUAACAAAAGCAACCAAAAUUGCAACAUACACUAUAGUGGCCAAGGGUGAGAACAACCUCUACAAUCACUUGGCUGUAGCACCAAUUUCAUCUACAUUUGAUGCAACCUCUAGAGAAUUCCAGUUAUACAAGAGUGGAAUAUUUUCAUCUGCAACUUGUAAUAAGCUAGCCCCAUCUCAUGCAGUACUUGUUAUUGGACAUGGUCCAGGAUAUUGGAUAAUUAAAAAUUCGUUUGGAGUCAACUGGGGUGAACAAGGUGGAUAUUUCAAGAUGGCAAGGAAUACUGACGAUCAAUGUGGUAUUGCUAGUUAUGCAAGUUAUCCAAAAUUCGGAGGUGCACCCGCAUAA